GUCGGGAGCCGGCCCGGUGCGGAGCGGAGGUCUGAGAGGGGCGUGUUCCGGGCCCGUGGGCACGCCCCCUGGCGGCGGCCGCGCUGCGUUGGGAGCACGCAGUCAGGCGUUCUCCGCGGGCAGCCGGCGGCGGGGCCUUGCCUCCUAGCGCGGGGUCCUCGGCGGCCUGGGCGGCUCCUGCCCCUGUUGCUGGCGUAGCGAGCACGGCUGCGAGCGCGGCCGCAGUUGGCUCGCGGCGGCGGCGUUGGCGACGGCGGAGCAGCCGCGGGCGAGCGAGGCGACAGGCGCGGCCGGAGGCAGGCGCGGCGGCGGCGGCGGCGGCGCUCGGGGCCCGCGGCGGCGAGGGGGCGGAAGAUGGCGGACGUGCUCAGCGUCCUGCGACAGUACAACAUCCAGAAGAAGGAGAUUGUGGUGAAGGGGGACGAAGUCAUCUUCGGCGAGUUCUCCUGGCCCAAGAACGUGAAGACCAACUAUGUGGUUUGGGGGACUGGAAAGGAAGGCCAACCUCGAGAGUAUUACACGUUGGAUUCUAUCUUGUUUCUGCUUAAUAAUGUGCACCUUUCUCAUCCUGUUUAUGUCCGACGUGCAGCCACUGAAAAUAUUCCUGUGGUUAGAAGACCUGACCGAAAAGAUCUGCUUGGAUAUCUCAAUGGGGAAGCAUCAACGUCAGCAAGUAUAGACAGAAGCGCCCCUCUAGAAAUAGGGCUUCAGCGAUCCACUCAAGUCAAACGAGCUGCAGAUGAAGUUUUAGCAGAAGCAAAGAAACCACGAAUUGAGGAUGAAGAGUGUGUGCGACUUGAUAAGGAGAGACUGGCUGCUCGCUUGGAGGGUCACAAAGAAGGGAUUGUGCAGACUGAACAGAUUAGGUCUUUGUCUGAAGCUAUGUCAGUGGAAAAAAUUGCUGCCAUCAAAGCCAAAAUUAUGGCUAAGAAAAGAUCUACCAUCAAGACCGACCUGGAUGACGACAUAACUGCCCUUAAGCAGCGGAGUUUCGUGGACGCCGAGGUGGACGUGACUCGAGACAUCGUCAGCAGGGAGCGAGUGUGGAGGACGCGGACGACGAUCUUGCAGAGCACGGGAAAGAAUUUUUCCAAGAACAUUUUUGCAAUUCUGCAGUCUGUAAAAGCCAGAGAAGAGGGGCGUGCCCCUGAACAGCGACCGGCCCCGAACGCAGCGCCCGUGGAUCCCACAUUGCGCACCAAACAGCCUAUCCCAGCUGCCUACAACAGAUACGACCAGGAACGAUUCAAAGGAAAAGAAGAAACGGAGGGCUUCAAAAUCGACACGAUGGGCACCUACCACGGCAUGACACUGAAGUCCGUGACGGAGGGUGCAUCGGCCCGGAAGACUCAGACUCCUGCAGCACAGCCAGUACCGAGACCAGUUUCUCAAGCAAGACCUCCCCCAAAUCAGAAGAAAGGGUCUCGCACGCCCAUCAUCAUCAUCCCUGCAGCCACCACCUCCUUAAUCACCAUGCUCAACGCCAAGGACCUCCUCCAGGACCUGAAAUUCGUCCCGUCAGACGAAAAGAAGAAGCAGGGCUGCCAGCGGGAGAACGAGACUCUGAUCCAGAGGAGGAAGGACCAGAUGCAGCCCGGGGGCACCGCCCUCAGCGUCACGGUCCCCUACCGCGUGGUGGACCAGCCGCUGAAGCUCAUGCCUCAGGACUGGGACCGGGUCGUGGCCGUGUUCGUGCAGGGGCCUGCGUGGCAGUUCAAAGGCUGGCCGUGGCUGUUGCCUGAUGGUUCGCCAGUGGACAUAUUUGCUAAAAUAAAAGCCUUCCAUCUCAAAUAUGAUGAAGUUCGUCUCGAUCCAAACGUUCAGAAAUGGGAUGUAACAGUGUUAGAACUCAGCUAUCACAAACGUCACUUGGACAGACCAGUUUUCUUACGGUUUUGGGAAACAUUGGACAGGUACAUGGUAAAGCAUAAAUCCCACUUGAGAUUCUGAAUUACAUCAUUUCCCCUUCUGCAAAUAUGGAUUAAGAAGCAUUGGAUGUACCUUGGUCUAAAGACUGCCUGAGAGUCAAGCUUUAUGAAUUUAUCAAAAACUUACAAUUAAGAAGGUCACAUCGAUCAAAAGACCUCAUUUGAUGCUUUAUGCUUCGAAGGGAUGGUGCCCGUCAUUCAUAUACGCAAACUUUUUGGCCUACAACUAUUUUUUUAAUAUUAGCCUUCUAGUCUGUAAUGGAAAUUGUAUAUUUUGAUAGAAGUUUUUUCUCCAUUGGUUAAACUAGCAUUACUUAAAAUGUGUUUCUUUAGACAAUAAAUACAGGUUAUAAAUGUGUGUAUAUUUAGAGGUUAUAUGGCUCUCUAAGCCAUCUUGCUUCUGAUUUUUCAUUGCUCUAUAAUUCCUUUUAUUGAAAAUGCUGUGUUAUGAAUGGUAUUAAAUCUUAGUUUCUGGAAUUUGCAAAACCAAGCAAAGGGAUGUGACUAUUUUGGAUGAAUCAAAAUGUCAGCCUGUAUGUAUGCUAUAUCUAUACUUAUUCUUUAUUUAAAAAGGAAUAAUGAAAAAUCAAGAACAAUUCUUCAGCUUUGGUUGAACUGUUCAGCCUUUUCAAGACUUCUUUACUUAUAUUGAAUACAUUUAAUGAAUGUACAUGCUUCUCACUGACUUUGGGGAUUUUAAAACUUAGAAUGAUAUAUUUCUAUCUGUGACAUCUUUCCACUUGAAACAUCUCAAAACACAGACUGAAAACCUUGUAGGCUAUAGUACUUUUUAUUUUGGGAGCCAGAGUAUGAUUUGGGGGAAGGAAAUGUAUGAGUCCUACUGCAAUGUGAUUUUAACUUCCUUAUCUUUUCCCAUAAAUCCACCUUUGAUUGGUAACUUACAGGGCAUGGGAUUUGAGUCUUCUGUUUCUAGUCAGGUGGACCUCAGUCCUUAUCUUCCAUUGUCCCUGAGUACUGAUAAACUCUCCCAGGCACCAAAGAACACAUUUGCUUAAGUAAGUGUCUGAACAGAAACAAGAUAAAAACACUGGUAUUUUUAUGUGUGUAUUCAAUAUCGUAUGAAAUAUAAAACCUAUAUUUUAACUUGUUAAGAUAUUUUACUACUUCUCUACUUCAGACAGUGUUGCAUCCAUAGUACAACGAAUGAGCCUUUCCUUGAGUCUUAAUUUCACCUUUUAUCACUUAAAAGCAACUCGGAAACUUGACUUCCAGUUUUUACCAUUAGAAUUGUUGCUGAUCAUUUAUAUCUUCCCUCCAUCCCCCUGUUUUCUCCCCCCAGUGAUUUCUCUUAGGUUGACAUGGGUUUUUUUGGUAAACAUCUAACUCUUUCUUAUGUUCAGCUGACAUUGUCUAGCCCCAUUUGUAAAUUUAAUGCUAUCAUAAAAAUGAGAAGCACUUAACUUACUCUUUCACUGACCAUGAAAGUCCAUGCUGAUAAUAGGGAAUGGAAAAAAAAGGCUUAUUCAUGUGGAAUUCACUAGGUUUUCAGAAGAAAAGCAGUCAGCAUUUAAAAUAAGAUUUUAGAAUGUUUAUAAGGUUUGAACAGAUUUCUGUCCCCUUCUUCUCUGCACCCUCUUCUUGAAAAUAAGAGAAAAUUUUUUUCACAUUAGAAUAUCAGCAUAUAAAUCUGUUUUCAAAAUAAAUUAUGUAUUGUAUAAACUUUCUCAGUGAUGAAAUAGUCAAGGUUUAGAAUCUGUAAUAUUUUAAUGUAAGAUUACUUGUUAAGACUACUACAAGUGGACAUGAACUACCUUUCUAUAAAGAUUUUUAGUAUUUAUACUUAU